GGUGAAAAGAAAAUAUUUAAAUAAGGAAAUCCCCGACAAAGAGAAGAAGGAGAGGGAACGCAAUGAAGCAGAGCUCACCUGAGGCAGUCUCGUCAUCGUCUUCCUCUAUACCCAGCUUACCCGUCCAAUCACAGCCGGCCACUUCAUCACAUGUAACCGAAAACCACCACCACUUUAACAAUAAUAGCAAUAACAAAACCUUGGCGUCGAUAUCAGCGGCGGAUGAUUUAGCUGGGGUAGGGUCGAGGGACGGAAGCGCGGCGGCGCAUGAAACGGUGACCGUCGAUCGACGAGGUGAAUAUUCGGCGGUGUGUAGAUGGACGGUUCAUAAUUUCCCGAGAGUCAAAACUAGGGCACUAUGGAGCAAGUACUUUGAGGUAGGCGGUUACGAUUGCCGUUUAUUGGUGUAUCCGAAAGGGGACUCUCAGGCUUUGCCUGGCUACAUAUCGGUGUAUCUCCAAAUCAUGGACCCGAGGGGCACGUCGUCGUCAAAAUGGGAUUGCUUCGCUAGCUACCGGUUAGCUAUCGUCAAUCUAGCCGACGAUCCCAAGACCAUUCAUCGUGAUUCGUGGCAUCGUUUCUCGAGCAAGAAGAAAUCUCACGGUUGGUGCGAUUUCACGCCCUCUUCUACUGUUUUCGAUUCCAAAUUAGGUUAUCUACUGAGCAACGAUGCCGUUUUAAUCACUGCUGAUAUCUUAAUCUUGAAUGAAUCCGUUAGUUUUACCCGUGAUAAUAUCGAUGCUCAAUCUUCAUUGUCUUCCAUGGUUUCGAAUUCCGUUGUUGCCAGUCCCGUUUCUGAUGUUUUGAGUGGCAAAUUCACAUGGAAAGUGCAUAAUUUUAGUUUGUUUAAGGAAAUGAUUAAGACUCAGAAGAUAAUGAGCCCAGUUUUCCCUGCUGGGGAGUGUAAUUUGAGGAUUAGUGUGUAUCAAAGCUCAGUUAAUGGGCAGGAAUAUUUGUCUAUGUGUUUGGAGAGUAAGGAUACAGAUAAAACAGUCAUUUCUGAUCGGAGUUGCUGGUGUUUGUUUAGAAUGUCAGUCCUGAAUCAGAGACCAGGGUCGAACCAUAUGCACAGAGACUCAUAUGGGAGAUUCGCGGCCGAUAAUAAGAGUGGGGAUAAUACUAGUUUGGGUUGGAAUGACUGCAUGAAGAUGUCGGAUUUUGUUGGGCUAGAGGAAGGGUUUUUGGUGGAUGAUACUGCUGUAUUUAGCACCUCGUUUCAUGUGAUCAAGGAGUUUGGUAGUUUCUCCAAGAAUGGAGUGUUGGUUGCAGGUAGGACUGGUAGUGGAGCAAGGAAAUCUGAUGGACAUAUGGGAAAAUUCACUUGGAGGAUUGAGAAUUUUACAAGAUUAAAGGAUCUUCUGAAGAAAAGGAAGAUAACAGGUCUUUGCAUCAAGAGCAGGAGAUUUCAGAUUGGAAACCGGGAUUGUCGUCUCAUUGUUUAUCCUCGAGGGCAGUCCCAGCCACCGUGCCACCUUUCUGUGUUUCUUGAGGUUACAGAUUCACGAAAUACUUCAAGUGACUGGAGCUGUUUUGUGAGUCAUCGGCUGUCUGUUGUGAACCAAAAGAUGGAGGAGAAGUCGGUUACAAAAGAAUCUCAGAACCGCUACUCUAAAGCUGCAAAGGACUGGGGUUGGCGUGAAUUUGUGACGCUUACCAGCUUAUUUGAUCAAGAUUCUGGGUUUCUUGUUCAGGACACUGUUGUAUUUUCUGCGGAGGUCCUUAUUCUGAAAGAGACAUCAAUAAUGCAGGAUUUCACUGUUCAGGAUACUGAGUCAGCAAAUACUGCUCUUCAGAUAGAAACGGUUGGAAAGAGAAGUGCAUUCACAUGGAAGGUGGAGAACUUCUUAUCUUUCAAGGAGAUAAUGGAAACCCGCAAAAUUUUUAGCAAAUUUUUUGAAGCCGGUGGAUGUGAGCUUCGAAUUGGUGUGUAUGAGUCCUUUGACACCAUUUGUAUAUAUUUGGAGAGUGAUCAAUCAGUUGGUAGUGAUCCUGACAAAAACUUCUGGGUUAGAUACAAAAUGGCUGUAGUGAAUCAAAAAAAUCCAGCCAAGACUGUCUGGAAGGAAUCUUCUAUUUGUACAAAGACAUGGAAUAAUUCUGUUUUGCAGUUUAUGAAGGUAUCUGAUAUGUUAGAAGCAGAUGCAGGGUUUCUUGUACGUGACACUGUUGUUUUUGUUUGUGAAAUAUUGGAUUGCUGCCCUUGGUUUGAGUUCUCAGAUCUUGAGGUUUUGGCUUCUGAGGAUGAUCAGGAUGCUUUAACAACUGAUCCUGAUGAACUCAUUGAUUCUGAAGACAGUGAAGGUAUAAGUGGGGAUGAAGAUGAUGUCUUUAGAAACCUUCUUUCCCAAGCUGGAUUUCACAUUACAUAUGGAGAUAAUCCAUCACAGCCACAGGUCACUUUACAAGAGAAACUUCUGAUGGAUGCUGGAGCAAUUGCUGGUUUUCUGACUGGACUUCGUGUUUACCUCGAUGACCCUGCCAAAGUAAAGCGCUUGCUGCUUCCAACAAAGCUCUCUGGUAAUGGUGAUGGAAAGAAGGCUUUGAAGAACGAUGGAUCUUCACCAAGUUUGAUGAAUUUGCUUAUGGGAGUCAAAGUUUUGCAGCAGGCAAUUAUUGAUCUACUCUUGGAUAUAAUGGUUGAAUGUUGCCACCCCUCCGAAAGAGUUGCACAUGGUGAUCCUUCAGAUGUAAACUCUAAACCUUCUUCUGAUGGUAGUGAAACUGCUAGCUCACUGGUUUGUGAUAGGGAAAAUGGAGGUGCAGAAUCUACUCAUUUUCCUUUGUAUGAACGAUUGGAUUCUUUUGUGGAUGAUGGUAUCACUGCCUCUGCUGUACAAAGCUCUGGCGUGAAUGGGAUUAAUAUCUCUGGAAAACCCAUUCUCGGACAGCCUAUUACUCCACCAGAAACCUCUGCUGGGGGUUCUUCUGAGAAUUCCUCCCUUCGCUCAAAAACCAAGUGGCCUGAGCAAUCUGAGGAGCUUUUAGGGUUGAUUGUUAACUCUUUGAGAUCUCUAGAUGGAGCUGCUCCACAAGGCUGUCCAGAGCCAAGGCGGAGGCCCCAGUCUGCACAGAAGAUCUCUCUUGUUUUGGAUAAAGCUCCUAAGCAUCUGCAACCGGACUUAGCUGCAUUGGUGCCUAAAUUGGUAGAGCAUUCAGAGCAUCCACUGGUUGCUUAUGCACUUCUUGAACGACUUCAAAAGCCUGAUGCAGAGCCUGCAUUGCGAAUACCUGUAUUUGGAGCACUCAGUCAACUGGAUUGUGGCAACGAAGUCUGGGAACACAUCUUAUUUCAAUCUUUUGAGCUAUUAACAGGUCCAAAUGAUGAACUUCUGGCUGCAACCAUAGAUUUCAUCUUUAAAGCUGCAUCACAAUGCCAACAUCUUCCCAAAGCAGUUAGAUCUGUUCGUGUUAGGCUAAAAGAAUUGGGACAGGAGGUGCCUCCUUGUGUUCUUGAUUUUUUAAGUAAAAUUGUAAAUAGUUGGGGAGAUGUUGCUGAGACCAUAUUUAGAGAGAUAGAUUGUGAUGAGGAUUUCAAUGGAAAUCUCCCGGCAAUGGCUUGUGGGUUCUUGUUUGGUGAAAAUGGACCCACUUGUGAAAGAUUGCAUGUGGUGGAUGAGCAAGCUUUUUGCUCUGGUCAUCAUUUUUCUGACAUUUAUAUUCUGAUUGAGAUGCUAUCCAUACCUUGCCUUGCUGUUGAAGCUUCUCAAACAUUUGAGAGAGCUGUGGCUCGAGGAGCCAUUUCGGUUCAGUGUGUAGCCAUGGUCUUGGAAAUGCGUCUAGCUCAGAGAUCGAAUGUCAAUGCCGUAUAUGUUGCUGAAAGCUUUAAGCAGGGGGAUGCUGUUGUAGAGGGAGAAGCCAGUGAGCAGCUUAGGGUUCAACGGGAUGAGUUCUCUUCAGUUCUGAGUCUUGCUGAGACAUUAGCACUCUGUAGAGAUCUUCGUGUCAGGGACUUUGUGAAAAUGCUUUAUACAAUAUUAUUCAAGUGGUAUGCUGACGAGUCCUCCCGAGUGAGGAUGAUGAAAAGACUUGUUGAUCGUGCUACCAGCACUACAGAAAGUAGUCGUAAAGUGGACAUAGAUUUGGAUGUUUUGGUUAUUUUGGUUUCUGAAGAGCCAGAAAUUAUUAGACCUGUUCUGAGCAUGAUGCGAGAAGUUUCUGAACUUGCAAAUGUUGAUCGAGUAGCACUUUGGCACCAGUUAUGUGCUAGUGAGGAUACAAUUAUCCGCAUGCGUGAAGAGAGCGAGACUGAAAUUUCAAACAUGGUUAGGGAAAAAGCUACUAUAUCCCUAAAAUUAAGCGAAUCUGAGGCCACGAAUAAUCGUCUCAAGUCUGAAAUGAGGGGUGAGAUGGAUCGAUUUGCUCUGGAAAAGAAGGAACUUUCUGAACAAAUACAGGAGGUUGAGAACCAACAUGAGUGGCUUCGCACCGAGAGGGAUGAUGAAAUUAAAAAACUCACAGCUGAGAAGAAAGCACUUCAGGAUCGUCUUCAUGAUGCAGAGACACAGCUCUCCCAGUUGAAGUCUCAGAAACGUGAUGAAUUGAAGAGGGUAGUAAAGGAGAAGAACGCUCUUGCUGAAAGAUUGAAGAGUGCUGAAGCUGCGCGGAAAAGAUUUGAUGAAGAAUCAAAACGGUAUGCCACUGAGAACGUGACCCGAGAAGAAAUUCGUCAAUCGCUUGAGAAUGAAAUUCGUAGAUUGACACGAACAGUUGGCCAAACUGAAGGUGAAAAGCGGGAAAAGGAAGAGCAGAUUGCUAGGUGUGAAGCAUAUAUUGAUGGCAUGGAAUCAAAGUUGCAGGCCUGCCAGCAAUAUAUUCACACACUUGAAGCUUCUCUCCAAGAAGAAAUGUCACGACAUGCUCCUCUCUAUGGUGCUGGUUUGGAAGCUUUGUCGAUGAAGGAAUUGGAAACAUUGUCGAGGAUUCACGAGGAAGGGCUGAGGCAAAUCCAUGCUCUCCAGCAACGGAAAAGCAGUCCGACUGGUACUCCUCUUGUAAGUCCCCAUACUAUCCCACACAAUCAUGGGUUAUACACUACAGAACCACAACCAAUGGCUGUUGGACAUCCACCGCCUUCCCUCCUCCAUAACAGUGUAGGAAUCCACGGAAAUGGGCAUGUGAACGGGACUGUCAGGCCUUGGUUCAAUCGUGGUUGAGACGUUGAGUUUCUAGAGCCACCUUUUUACGUUGUGCCGGUGCCGGCGCAUUAGUAGGUUUACCCCCCCCCCCCCUUCCCCAUAGAGCUUAUGAACAUCACCGUUUGAGGGGAUGUCCCUUUACUGAAUUAUCUUUUUUCUGGCAAUUUUUUAAACUGGUAGAACUGUUGGAGCCCAUUUGUGACAUCCAAAUCCAAUGGGACUAA